GGGACCUUGGUGUGCAAAAUAGCUGAAAGCUACCCUCAGGAUGAGAGCAAGGCAGCUGGUCUGUGGAAUUUGGAGUCUGUGUUUCCUGUUCUGUCUUUUCUGCAUUUUUCUUCACCAAACAACAGCUAAAAGAAAACUGAAGUUUGUGUCCCUAGUAUUUCGCCAUGGGGAUCAUACCCCACAGGAGUUUUUCCCAACUAAUAAGCACAAAGAAAUUGCAAGACAACAGGGAUAUGGCCAACUUACCAAGCUUGGCAUACAACAACAGUAUGAGCUUGGCCAGUACAUGCGGAGGAGAUACUCUCAUUUCCUGAGCGUUGUAUACAAGCAAUUUGAGAUUUAUGUUCAAAGCACUGACAGUGAUCACACACUUAUGAGUGCUCAGGCAAGUCUUGCCGGACUGUACCCACCAACACAGGAUCAGAUUUGGAACCCCAGAAUCCUUUGGCAGCCCAUUCCAGUUCACACAAUGCCACUGUCACAGGAUAAUUUGCUAUACCUACCUUUCUCACACUGCCCAAAGUACAAGGAACUUCUGAGAGAGACCUUUGCAACAAGGGAUUUCCAAAGGCAAUUCAAGCACUACAAGCAAUUUCUGAAGUUUUUAGCCACUCAUACAGGAUAUCCAUUGAAGAAGUUGACUAGUGAAAGGAUUUGGAAGCUCUCUGACACUUUACAUUAUGAGGAUAUUAACAAUUACACUUUACCUGUUUGGGCUACUCAUGGUGUCAGGACCAAGAUAAUAAAGCUGUCAGAAUUGUUAUUGCAAGCAGAAUUUGGGGUCCACAAACAAAUACAAAAAUCACGUUUGCAGGGAGGUAUUCUUUUAAAAACUAUUCUAAAGCAUAUCUUAGAUGCUAGAAAGCCUUCAUACCACCAAAAAAUGGUUAUGUAUUCCACGCAUGCAGCCACCAUUGCUGCCUUACAGAUGGCACUCAAUGUCUUCAAUGGAAAAUUGCCUCCUCACAGUGCUUGCCAUUUUUUUGAACUUUACCAGGAAAAAAACGGGCAAUAUACCAUAGAAAUGUACUACCGGAACAAUUCCUUGAGGGAGCCUCACCCCCUCACUCUCCCUGGCUGCAAAUUUCGCUGUCCCCUAGAGAGAUUUACUCAUCUGGUCUCUCCCAUCCUCGUACCCUAUUGGACAAGAGAAUGUAGAGUGUAG